UUAGCCUCAUGAACACCACAGACUGAUGAAUAGGAAGCUCUGUAUUUUUUUUUUUUUUUUGUAUGAUGGAUAUCAUAGAAUAUCAGCAAAACAUCACAGUUCAAUACUGCUUUCCUGACAACAACUCUUCUUGCAAAAAGGAGCUCCACACUCCAACCAACCUGCUCAUCCUCUCUCUGGCUGCAGCAGAUCUUCUCAUGGGAAUGUUUGUUAUGCCUGUGAAUAUAGUGCAGCUGAGAGAUUCCUGUUGGUAUCUUGGUAACAUUGCAUGCACUGUUAUCACAGUGAUCACUUUUGUUUCAAUGGCAGCAUCUCUCUACAGCAUGGUUUUCAUUGCAGUUGAUCGGUACAUUGCUGUCAGUGACCCUCUGCAUUAUUCCACUAGAGUCACAUUAUAUAAAUCUGUUUUACUGCUAAUCCUAGCUUGGUCAUUCUGUUUGUUAUAUAGCAUCAUAUUUUUGUAUUUUAAUGACCACCUUCUUGAGUCUCAGAUAUCAAACAGCUGUUAUGGAGAAUGCGUAGUGGCCCUAAAAAAACCCUCAAUAAUUGUUGAUGUCAUUCUUUUUUUUCUGGCUCCUUGCUCUACUAUACUGGUCUUGUAUUCAUUAAUCUUUAUUUUGGCAAGACAACAAGCAAGAGCUGUUAGAGCUGUGAGGAAUGGCACUUUAAAAAGGCAUGAAGGUAAAUUCUCAAACUCUACCGAAACCAAAGCAGCAAAAACAUUAGGAGUUGUGAUUUUUGUUUAUCUUACUUGCUGGAUACCAUUAUAUUUAAGCUCUGUGUUGGCGGAAAGUGUGACAACUUUGUCAGUACUGUGGAUUCUGUUUGCUUGGCUCGCAUAUUUAAACUCAUCCUUUAACCCAAUAAUGUAUGCCAUAUUCUAUCCAUGGUUCAGAACAUCAGUUAAGUUUAUUGUAACAUGCAGAAUAUUCGAAUUUUCAUCUUCAAUCUGUAAUUUAUUUCCAACAAAUGUUUAAUUGUUUAGAUUUAAGUUGCACUUAGAUGUGCUUUAUCAAUAGAGAGCAUGAUACAUUAAUCCUAAAUGCUGAAUAAAUGGUGUGUUCUUUUAACCAAGAUGAGGUUAUAUUAACGGUGUAAUAUAUCCAUGAUAAAUGUGGAAUCUGUUCUACGUCCUGUUGAUUCUCAUACUAGGAUCUUCUUUAUUUCCCUAAAAUAAGAUAUUGUCAGAAUAAAUAGGGCAACAUACUUUAAUAUGUAAUAAGUUAUCAUACAGCCAUUAAGUUUGCAUGCAGCACAUGCAAAAGGGAUGUUUUGUUAAUAUGUUGUUGUGUUGUGUCCAUCCUUUUCAAUUCAGUAAAUAAAUACAAAUUCUGAAUAAUUUGUGCUGAACAGAAUAUGCUUUUUGAACAGAGAUGCCCAGACUUUUACAUACAGCAAAAUAAGUGAAGCAUACAAGAACUUGCACUAAGAGGAAUGUGUAGAAAAAACAUAAAGAAUAUUUUGUCUUUUUUUAGCAGACAGUGCUUACAGUUCAGUCACUGUUCAGACGUCUGCCUUGAAGAG